AUGAUUGCUGGUGGCGCUGCAGUCAUCACGUUGAUGGCGACAUGCUGGCUACAACCCAUGUCUCCCUAUAUGCCCGACUCCAGGACUCCGUUGCCAUACUCUCCGCCUCUGAGACGCUCUGCCGUCCUUUGUUCUCGUGCUGCCAGGGAUCUCACACCAGCAUACUCGAGGAGAAGACCUCCGCUGGACAUCUUCAUGAUGCCUGAAGGGCCGGAAUGCAAGCGGAUGGCCGAUGAGCUUUCGAGGUUUGAAGGGAAUCUCAUAACCAAGAUGGAGAUCUUGAGUGGGCGUUACAUGGAGAACGGUUUGCCGACGAACUUUGAAGAGUUCAAGGACAAGAUGAUUCCUGCCAAGAUUGAGAGGGUGGGGAACAAGGGAAAAUUCAUCUACUUCCUAUUUGAAUGGGAGCAUUUGGUCGACCUUGGGAAUGUCGGGUCGGUGGAGCAUGACAGAGACGGUGUUUGCGAUUCGCUGCUUGCUCGUAUGUUGAAGCUGGAAAAUGAGAUCCACACAAGAUUCAUGAUGGAGAUGAUUGAAAACGAGGAGGAUGAAAACACAAACUUGAGCGUCUUCUACAACGAUGUCCGCAACUUCGGCACUCUGACGUUCUCGUUGGAUCCAGCAGUAACGAUAUUGAACGAUGCUAUUCAUCUUCGUAAGAGCAUUUGGAUUGCGAAACGUCAGAAGAAGUCAAGGUUUGAUUUGUUCGUGAGGUUCCUUGCAGUCUUUCUCAUGGAUCAGAAGAAGGCAAGAGAUUUGAUUCCGAUUACGAGUGGAAUCGGCAACUAUAUCCUGUCAGAGUGCCUGUACAAAAGCAAUCUAGAUCCAUGGUUGUUGGUGGGCGAUCUCAACGAGGAUCAAUGGAUGGACCUGUUUCAUGCCAUACAGGAGACAAUCUAUGAGAGUUACAAGAGCUCAGGAGUUUCUCGCCGCGGAGCUGAUGGAGUGAAAAGGAUCGGGAUGUACGAAGGUCUAGAUGGGGAGGCAGGGCAUUACACAGACAAGCUCUUGGUACUUUGCAUACUUGAUGAUUUUGUUGCUGGUUGA